GUGGUUAUAUAUAAAGCCGCUCACUGAGGCUGAAGUACACAGCCAGUUGUAUUAGCAGCAAGUGCUUCACAUUCUUAAGGCUCCAGCUGUCGGGAAGCAAGAGUGAGCUGCACAGAUCCGGGUAAGUCUCUCUACUGGGGCAUAGGGGGAAAAAAGGAGACGAGCAAACAAGCCAUUACUCCCAAGCAUGACGCUGCCUAUAGACCAAGCAGAAGAGCUGCGUCUCUACCAGCAGACGCUUCUCCAGGAUGGGCUCAAAGACAUGCUAGACCACAACAAGUUCCUGGAUUGUGUCUUGAAAGUCAAGGGGAAAGAAUUCCCCUGCCACCGGCUAGUGCUGGCAGCCUGCAGCCCCUAUUUCCGGGCGAUGUUCCUUUCAGACAUGGAGGAGAGUAAGAAGAGGGAGAUCGACCUGGAGGACGUGGACCCUGAAGUCAUGCGCAAGAUUCUCCAUUACAUCUACACCUCCGAGCUGGAGCUCACCGAGCAGAACGUGCAGGACAUUUUCUCUGUGGCCAACAUGUUCCAGAUCCCUUCCAUCUUCACCGUCUGUGUCUCCUUCCUGCAGAAGCGUCUCUGCCUCAGCAACUGCUUGGCUAUCUUCAGGCUGGGCUUGAUGCUGGACUGCGCCCGCCUAGCAGUGGCCGCCCGGGAUUUCAUCUGCGACCGCUUUGCCCUGAUCUCCCGGGAUGACGAGUUCUACCAGCUCUCCCCUGAUGAGCUCAUUGCUGUCAUAUCUACCGAUUCCCUCAACAUUGAGAAGGAGGAGACUGUUUUUGAGGUGGUGAUGAAGUGGGCGGAAGCCAAGGACCGCGAGAGCCGGAUCCAGGCCUUGCCGAUCGUCUUCGAGAGCAUCCGUUUCCGCCUCAUGCCCAAGGAUUACAUCAGGGACCAUGUGGAGAAGCAUCCCAUUGUGAAGUCCAGCCCGGAGCUGCUCAAGAAACUCCAGGUGGUGAAGGAUGCCAGCGAAGGCAAAUUCAUGGUGGUGAAAAAGAAGAAGGUGAAGAAAAGCAGUGAGACAACAGCUGGGGAUAAUGCUGUCAAUGGAGAAGUGGCCGAGGGGGAUGAUAAUGAGGAAGACGUCCUCCCAGGGAUCUUAAAUGACACAAUGCGCUUUGGGAUGUUCCUCCAGGACCUCAUUUUCAUGGUGAGCAGUGCUGGAGCGGUGGCCUAUGACCCCAGCGCUAACGAGUGCUAUUUUGCCUCCAUCUCGGCUCAGAUCCCAAAGAAUCAUGUCAGUCUGGUAACCAAAGAGAACCAGAUCUUCAUAGCCGGUGGACUGUACUACAAUGAGGACAACAAAGAGGACCCCAUGAGCUCCUACUUCUUACAGUAUGAUCACCUGGACUCUGACUGGCUGGGCAUGCCCCCUCUGCCUUCUCCCCGCUGCCUCUUUGGCCUGGGAGAGGCAGAAAACUCCAUUUUCGUGGUAGGAGGGAAAGAACUGAAAGAAGGAGAACAGACCUUGGACUCCGUCAUGUGCUACGACCGACUGUCAUUUAAGUGGGGUGAGUCGGAUCCGCUCCCCUAUGCGGUCUAUGGUCAUGCUGUGGUAUCAGACAAGGAUCUAAUCUACGUCAUAGGAGGCAAGAGAAGUGACAAGAAGUGCCUGAACAAGAUGUGCGUCUACAACCCAAAGAAGUUUGAGUGGAAGGAGCUGGUUCCCAUGAAAACCGCCCGUUCGCUGUUCGGAGCAACCGUACACAAUAGCAAGAUCUAUGUGGCAACUGGGGUGACCGACUCUGGCUUGACUGACUCGGUGGAAGUGUAUGACAUUGCAGCUAACAAGUGGGAGCCCUUCACUGAAUUCCCCCAGGAGCGCAGCUCCGUCAGCCUGGUGAGUCUGGCUGGCAGUCUGUAUUUACUUGGUGGAUUUGCCACAGUGGAGACGGAGUCAGGAGAACUGGUGCCAACCGAGCUCAAUGACGUUUGGAGGUAUGACGAAGAGGGGAAGAAGUGGGAAGGUGUCCUCAGAGAGAUCCAGUAUGCCUCAGGCGCCACCUUCCUUCCUGUGCGCAUGAAUGUUUUACGUUUAACAAAGAUGUAAAUGACACAAUGAUUUAUGUUGUUCCUGAGUGUUUCUAAGUUAACAUUUAUUGAUAUAAAUGGGGUGGGGAGGGACUGUAUUGGUUAAGCCAGAGAAACAUAUCUGUGAUUUGUUGCCAUUUUAUUUCACCCAGCAGAGGAAGGGGAAGGGAAAGAAUUUGAAUGGAUCCUUACAGGAGCUUACAAGCUAAAGCACUACUUAGAACCCAGAUCUGGAGACCACAAGUCGCUGUGGUGGCCUGAGCACUGGACUCAUUCUAUCUCUAGGAACAGAUUUGAUUCCCUCUUCCUGGCCAGGAGAGGAACAGUAACCACAUUUUUCCUUCAGGGCAGAAUCCUCUGUUUUCCAGGAAUUCACAUCCUCCCCUUCCCCAUUUUCUCCCUCCAUCCAACAAGGCCAUUCAUCAUCUCAACCACUCUUCUGACUGGGGAAGGCUGAAGGCCGAUCUCAAAAGAGUGAAGCAAGCCAGAAUGGCACAAGGGUCACCCAUGCAAGGGAAAAGGUUCAGAGAAGGGCAACUAAAACGAUUAGGGGUUUGGAGAGGGUCCCAUAUGAGGAGAGUUUAAAGAGGCUGGGACUUUUCAGCUUGGAAAAGAGGAGACUAAGGGAGGAUAUGAUAGAGGUAUAUAAAAUAAUGAGUGACGUGGAGAAAGUGAAUAAGGAAAAGUUAUUUACUUGUUCCCAUAAUAUAAGAACUAGGGGCCACCAAAUGAAAUUAAUGGGCAGCAGGUUUAAACCAAAUAAAAGGAAGUUCUUCUUCACACAGCGCACAGUCAACCUGUGGAACUCCUUGCCUGAGGAGGUUGUAAAGGCUAGGACUAUAACAGGGUUUAAAAGAGAACUAGAUAAAUUCAUGGAGGUUAAGUCCAUUAAUGGCUAUUAGCCAGGAUGGGUAAGGAAUGGUGUCCCAAGCCUCUGUUUGUCAGAGGGUGGAGAUGGAUGGCAGGAGAGAGAUCACUUGAUCAUUACCUGUUAGGUUCACUCCCUGUGGGGCACCUGGCAUUGGCCAGUGUUGGUAGGCAGGAUACUGGGCUGGAUGGACCUUUGGUCUGACCCAGUAUGGCCGUUCUUAUGUUCUUAUGUAAUCUCAGACUCAGCUCCUCCUCACACCCGGUAGCCAGCCUUACCACAUGGGGGUCAGUUGUCAGCAGGAAAGGAAGGAGCAGAUCUGUGCCAUAGACAUUUGGAGCUGGUCUGAAGCAUGUAGCGCUAAGCAAGGUGAGAAGUCUUGGUUAUUCUUUUGAGCAGAACUCAUGCUAGAAAGAAAAGAGUAAGUGUGGGAGUGGGUAGGGGGAUUACGCCUGCUGGAACAGCAAAAAGUGCACUCGAAAGAUAAGGCUAGAAGGAGUGAGCUCUGAAGAACAGAUACGAUCAGACUAGACCAUGAUGCUAGAUGUCUCUGACACACACCCACCCUCGGACUGACCUCCACACCUGCCUUUUGAGUUUUGUUCCCUUGGCUUCAUUUAAUCUUUACAUUCAGGUGCUUUCUGCUCCCUUUGAGCAACUGUUACAGAGGCAGAAGGGGGGAAAUGCCUUCUUCAUGUCAUCAGGCAUUAGCUCUGCUUCCCACUACGUAGAGGACCUACACGUCCCUUCAUCUUUCUCUGACUCCUAAUGUAAUUAAAGAAUGUCCCUUGCUAGGUGUAACUCAUUUUCUAUUGUAGCUUUACUGAUUUUGUCCUUACCAGCUUGUGCUAUUCUUUUGUACUGUUCCUUAGCCAUUUAUCCAUAUUUCCACUUUUUGUAGGAUUUUUUUUUUUGAUGUUCCGGUCAUUAAAGACCUCCUGAUGGAGUCAUCUUGGCUUUUUACUAUUCUUCCUGUCUUUCUUUUGCAUCAAUGGGUAAAAAGUAAAGAUAAAGAUCUGUAACAAGUUGAUAUAUCUAUUUGCUUAAGAGCAGUACUUUGAUGCAUGCUCCAAAGAGGUGAGGGCUGCAGCAUGGGAGAAAUCCUCUUUUUGUGCUAGCAGCUGCAGGAGCAGUUGACUUGUCCCUAUAGUCCUGGUAAUUUUAUAUCUGUUCAGUUUUAUUAAUUACCUGGAGUCUGCAUCCCCCCACUCCUGCACAAUAACAGAACCAACAAGUGCAAUGAUCGCACACAAAGUUUUGAAAUGCUUUGUUGCAUCAACUUUCAUUUUUCAUAGGGUUGUUUUAUAUUUAUGAUGUCACGGAAAUUUGUAAUGUCCUUUCCUUGUUUUUUUCUAAAAUCACAGUUUGCAAAAUAGAUCAGUAAAACUCAAGAUCUCAGCAGCUUUUGAAUCAGUGGGAGCAUCCUACCAAUGAAAUGUGCAUUUUUUAGGCGCCAAUAACAAUUUUUGAUAGAGAGAAACACAACUGUACUUCUAGGGGACACAAAGCUUUGUUGAAGGGAAAGUCUAAGGACUCCUAUGUUACCUGACCAGUGUUUUAUUUUACAAUAAAAAAAAUGUGAAAGA